GCAGUGACUUAAUUCACAAGACUACUCGAGAUAACUACGCUCUCUCGUCAGUACGCGGCUGUCUCGCGAGUUGGUACGUACCAAGUGCGUAUAGUGCCUUGCGUACAUAAAGUCGUGACGACGUAUUAAGCCUCGCGUGCAAAUCCAGAAACAGUGCAAGUAUCCUGGAGUGAAAUAUCAUCGUGUACUAGGAGGCCAUUUGGUAUCACUACGCUAACCACAGCAGCUACUCUAGAUUGGAAAAACACAAUAUUCUGUUUGUAGACUUUGAGACUCUUGACGAGCAGUCAACGUAACAACGUAUUCCAACACUGAAUGCUGAUUAUUGAGUAAAAGCUGUAUUUACGACCAUGGUAGAAAACGAGAAGUUAAAUGGACAAGUUCCGAUAGUUGCUAAUGGCGUCAGAGGGCAGUGAGACAAAGCUGUCGGCGAUACCUACGAGCAAAGAUCGUUAACCUACGUUCACGCAAGACAAAACAAAAGUGCAUUAACACCCAUCCCCAGUUGAAUUAACCACUGACCUAACCGUUGCUUCGCGAGUCGAAGGUCGUGAUAUAGGCAUUAUUGAACAAAGAGAAUAGAAAGUCAUUGGGCAAUAACAAAGUGAUAAAGAUGACGUUCGAGGGUAACAGUUCGAAGGACGACGAUUCGAAUGGGAUUUUAUUGCAACCCAGGAAAGGCUCGACAGUUCGGCUGCAGAUCGUUCCGGCACAACCGAAGACGAUAACGCAUCUGCCGAAAAGGCCGCCGGUGGACCUGGCGUUCACAGACCUAACCUACAAAGUGCGAGAGGGUCGCAAAAACAAUUUCAAGACCAUUCUCAAGUCCGUCAGUGGAAGGCUCAGAUCUGGAGAACUUACAGCCAUUAUGGGGCCUUCCGGAGCCGGAAAAUCGACGCUUCUUAAUAUUCUCACGGGAUACAGGACUACGGGAAUGGAAGGCAGCAUCACCAUGAAUGGACACGAACGAAAUCUCAGCGCCUUCAGGAAGCUCUCUUGUUACAUAAUGCAGGACAAUCAGCUUCACGGUAACUUGACCGUCGAGGAGGCUAUGAAGGUCGCGGCAAAUUUGAAACUCGGAAGUCACGUCAAGAAGGCUGAGAAGGAAGAAGUGAUUCAAGAGAUCUUGGAAACUCUGGGUCUAGCUGAGCAUCGCAGAACCAUGACCUCAAACCUCAGCGGAGGACAGAAAAAGAGACUUUCGAUCGCCCUUGAGUUGGUCAAUAAUCCUCCCAUAAUGUUCUUCGACGAACCCACCAGUGGCCUCGACUCAUCCUCCUGCUUCCAGUGUAUCUCCUUGCUGAAGACUCUGGCACGAGGUGGACGUACGAUAAUAUGCACAAUACAUCAACCUAGUGCGAGGCUGUUCGAGAUGUUCGACGCUCUUUACACCUUGGCCGAAGGCCAGUGUGUUUAUCAGGGUUCGACCUCGCAACUGGUGCCAUUCUUGAGAUCGUUAGGAUUAAAUUGCCCAAGCUAUCACAAUCCAGCUUCCUUCAUCAUCGAGGUCUCAUGCGGCGAGUAUGGCAACAACAUCAGGAAUCUGGUGAAUGCUAUUGACAAUGGGAAAUACGACAUAAGAGCGGGACAUUCCUUUCCUGAAACGAAAUCCACGGAGUUAAACAACUCAAGCCUUUCGAAGGACGAAAAAGACUUGAAAAACAUCCCCGUCGAGGAUAAGAAUGACGCGAGCAAUCUUAAGGACAAGUUCCCGGAGAGCAAGGCAAACAGGGCUACCAACGGCGGAAUUAUUCACAGCUACGCCACCGACGACAUUGUUAAACGGAGUGACGUGGCAAUUCGUAUGGAUCGUCAGAAUAAAAAAGACAACGUGGACACAGCGUUGUUGGAUGACUCGUUAGUCAUCACGCCGGAAAGGUACCCAACCUCGGAACUUACCCAGUUCUGGAUCGUUCUCAAGCGGACCUUACUUUUUAGCAGAAGAGAUUGGACUCUCAUGUAUCUUCGACUCUUCGCACACAUUCUCGUCGGAUUUUUAAUUGGAGCUCUUUAUUAUGACAUUGGCAAUGACGGUGGCAAAGUACUCAGUAAUCUUGGGUUCCUGUUCUUCAAUAUGCUCUUCCUCAUGUACACGUCCAUGACCAUUACUAUUUUAUCUUUCCCUCUGGAGCUGCCAGUACUCCUAAAAGAGAACUUUAAUAGAUGGUAUUCUCUGAAAUCCUACUACCUAGCCAUUACAGUUUCGGACGUACCUUUCCAGGCAAUAUUCUGUAUAAUUUACGUGACCAUCGUAUAUUUCCUAACGAGUCAACCACCGGAAGUGAUGAGGUUCAGUAUGUUUAUGGGAGCAUGUUUGCUGAUUUCCUUCGUGGCCCAGUCAGUGGGUCUAGUCGUGGGAGCAGCCAUGAAUGUCCAAAACGGGGUUUUCCUGGCGCCGGUAAUGUCCGUGCCGUUCCUCCUAUUCUCUGGAUUCUUUGUGAGCUUCGACGCUAUUCCGAUCUACCUCAGAUGGAUCACUUAUCUGAGUUACAUCAGAUACGGCUUCGAAGGUACUGCUCUGGCUACGUAUUCUUUCGACCGCAAGAAUCUGAGGUGCUUUCAGGCGUACUGUCACUUCAAAAAUCCACAAACUACCUUGGAGGAACUUGACAUGGAAUACGCGGACUUCACUCUUGAUAUUCUAGCGCUUUUACUUAUCUUUGUACUUUUACGAAUCGCCGCGUUCCUCUUCUUGCGCUGGAAACUCAAGGCUGCGCGAUAAGCUCGUCUAAAGAUGUUGAUCAAAGUACAGAGGUUUCGCGUUUCGGUCCAUUGGCCAUUAUUAAUGGAGAAGGUUCUGCAUAACCUCAAGUGCAAUUGCGAUAACCUUUGCACUGUACAUUAUUAAACGGAAAUCGCAUAUGGUCUUAGUAGAGAGAGUGCAAAAGAAGUUAUUACAUGGAUGACUCGACGGUGCUGUUGAAUUCCAUUAUAAUGAACAAAAGAAAUGAUUUUUAAAAAAACAUAAGGAAAACUCGACUUUCUCCUUUAGGAGAGAAACAUUCUUUGUCACUCAUCGUUGCAAACGGAAAGCGGGUGCACACUAGGUCUUUGUAGAUAUUUUAGGAUUUCGAGGUCUAGCAAGGACAGUUAAUACAUAAGUCCUUAAUCUAGGCAAAUAUAUAAUUUAUUUAUCUCUUUAUAAUGCAAACAAAGUAAUGGUAACUUAGCAUGACCUAAUUCACACUUCAGGGUAUUUUCUUUCUCUCGUAGUAGACUUGUUAUGUAUUAUAGAAAAAAAAAAAAAGAAAAGGAAAGACAUUGUCAGUUCAUACAGCGUGAUACAACCGUCCCACGAGAAUC